AUGGGUGAUAUUGACACCAUCGAGCGAACCCGAGAGAUCGGACGACAACUGACCGAGCGGUGGUGCAUACCCAAAGGUGGGGAUGUGGAGCCGUUCUUCGAGCUGUUCAGCGACGAUGCCAUUUGCGAAACCAUGGUCAAGAAAGAGUUAUUCCCUGAACUCGGCGGGCGCAUGACAAAGCAAGAAUUCAAAGACUAUGUCUAUGCCGAGUCACGCGUGACGGAGCUCAAGGUCUGGGUCACUGGUAUCACGGCCGAGGCCAAUCGUGUGGCCGUCGAGGCUGCCUCUGACAUGUCAGUCGGCAAGAACAUCUACCAAAACGUUUACCACUGGCUCUUCGAGAUCAAGAACGGGAAAGUCGUCCACGCUCGAUUCUAUCUUGACACUCUUCUUGCACGAAAAUUCGUGGAUUGGGUGCAGGAAGCUGGAGGUGACAUGCAGACCAGGAAAUGA